UUACAUAAAAGAGGCCAGAAAGCCAAUCCCGCACUCUACAUGCCGACUACUGCAGCACUCCAGUCUAUACAGUCCAUCUCGGACAUCACCACUCAAGUUCGCCAUACUAGUGGCGACAUUCCACCUCCCCUCGUUGGCGCCUCUGUCACUGUUCUCAAUGGCCAUGCAUAUGUAUUUGCUGGCCGCUUAGUGUCAUCUCGCAAGAUGACGAAUUCACUGUACAUUCUCGACCUCAAAACCCUCGAAUGGACUCGACAUAUUCCGACACCAGAUAGCGAACAAGCUGCGAAUCCUCGAUAUUUUCAUUCAGCCGAAGCGUACCAAAAUCAAAUUAUCUUUUUUGGUGGUAUGGGAUACUCAAGAGAAUCAGCAGACGGUUUAUGUGUAUUGGACGAUGUUUCGGUACUGGACGUCAACACAUUAGAGUGGAAUCACCAUACGAUAGAGAAAACACUUUAUUCACCUCGUCCUCGAUAUGCACAUCUUUCAUCCAUUGUUCAAAAUACACUAGUGGUAGUGGGUGGCCAAGACAUGACGAACAACUAUAUUGAAGAGAUUAAUGUCCUUGAUCUCCACACCUGGAAAUGGAUUAACGUUAAGCCCUUCGAAAAACAUGUUGGUGCCUACCGCUCCAUUGCCGUCACUGCUCCUUCCGGCGCUCACAUCCCUACCAUGACCUCUGAUGCUGGUACCGCCGCCACCAAACCCACGGGCACCACGAUGGCUAACGUCAACUCCGAUCAACAACAACAACAACAAGCAGUCGAUGGGUCGAUCUACAUGUAUUCUAACUACAAUUUUGCUGACGUGCGAAGAGAAUUACAAAUGAUCAGUGCGCCUGCAAAUAAUUCGAAACCAAUUCAAGACUAUUCGUCUCUCAUGUCUGGUUCAGCCAUGCCACCUGGUUUAAGGUUUCCCGCGGGUCACAUUCUUGGACAUCACCUUAUCCUCACUGGAACUUACUUAACCCCGCAAACACACUCCUUUAGUAUAUGGCUUAUGAACCUCAGUGCUAUGUCAUGGUCUCGAGUCGAAACAGGGAGCAUCUUUUCCACAGGCUCGUGGAAUCGCUCCAUUUUAAGCCAAGACCAAAAUAAGUUAAUGGUCUUUGGGCAUCGAGACCGGGACCUUCUUACCGACUAUAAUCACCGCCAAGUCAACUAUGAUCAUUUGGCUGUGGUGGAUAUGGAAGCCUUUGGUGCUUAUCGACUUCCCGUCAUGACGUGUUCGCCUCUUGCUCAAGAGAUGGGGCUCAGUCUACUCAACGAACCUGGCGUUUCGGACUUUUCCAUCAUUACCCGAGAAAACUCGGUCAUCCCCAUCAAUUCGGCUAUUUUACGCCGACGGUGGCCCUAUUUCGACCGGCUAAUGAAGGACAAUGUUGAAAUCGUCACGGUGAAAGAGGAUACGGAGGACGUUAUCGUCGAGACCGAGGCUUCGACGCUAGCUUCCACAGAUGCAACCAUAGAUAGUACAGCAGAAACCACUACCACUACGCAGACCAGCAACGGUAGUAUGGAAGAUUCAGAGACAGUGACGGAAGCAACGGUGUCUGUCAAACCAACCUUUAUACAGGAAGGUGACAUAACCCCAGAUGAGGCGGCUGCAACAGAUAUUCAUGAUACACUGAUAGCGGAAUCUCCUUCACAAGAUGUUUCACCUCGACCCAGCAUAACAAAUCAUCUUCAUCGCGAAGCCACUAUCAAAAGCCAUGCUCUCCAUUUCCCGCAUACCUCUCAAGUUAUUAUUGCGUUCCUCCAAUUUAUAUACACCGAUAAUCUUCUCACUGCGCAACAGCAUCAACCUCAUAUCCUUUCACAAUUGCUUUUGUUAGCUGAUAUGUACGAUAUUCCAAGACUGAAAGACUUAGCCACGCACGCCCUUCAUCAAAUGUUGAACAUGUCUACCGCCGCCCUCAUUUUCGAAACGGCCGCUCUUUCUCAUCAAACCAGUCUGCAGAUUCGUUCUUUGAAGAUGAUGAUUGCCGCCAAGAAACUCAUCCAACAGCAACAAAACAGUCGAAGUUCAGUGACCGUUUCGCCAAGACCUUCGCUUCACACACCUCCUCCCUCUGCUUCCACGGUAUCACUAGAAUCAGCGACACAAAUGAAUUCACCUCGAAGUGUGGCGUCGACCAAUUCGUAUAUGUCAGCCACGGCUACGUCCAGCUCAGUUCAUCGAUUUGACUCUAAUUCUCGCAUGUCCCUUCUUGACCAAGGUCACUAUAUGACUUCGCCUGGUCAUCAGCCUGGUUCGCCCAAUGGUUCCAUUCGCUCACGCACCGCUUCUUUAACACGAACUCAGUCAACGCGCCGGUCACUGUCAGGCAACAACCAGUCUCCUUAUAUGGCGUUUUCAUCGCCCAUGAAUCCCAUCAUUGCUGAACAAGAUGAUUCCGAUUACGCCAACUCUCCUAGGCGAAGCACCAGUACAAACCGUCCUAACCUGGACCUAUCGGAUGAAGCGUCUUCCGCCAAGGACGAACCAACUUCAUCCAGUAAGAAGUUCAUGAGUUUGAAGAAGUCCAAGAAGUCAUCCGAUGGUAAAGAGAAGAAGCCUUUUUUGGAAGCUUUCAGUAGUAAACUGGCAUCCUUUGCACAUUAAUCCUCCCAUAUUGGGUUUUUUAUUGCACAUAGUAGUUGUUUAAAAGUUAUAUAAAUACAUACAUUUCAAAUGAACCA